GUUGGUGUGAUGUAAACCCCAAUCAAACUAAUCAAAUACUAUUUUCUUUUCUUCAGUUGCUGCUAACUAUGAAAGUGCUACAACUGGAGGAUCUAAUUGAGCAGACAGGUGGUUGCGGUCGGUACCAAAUUCUGCUUUGUUUGACGGUGCAUUCGAUGAAAUGUAUCGUCUGUUUCAGUUUACUGUUUAUGGCUUUCGGUGCUGCUAGACCAAACUGGUGGUGUGUCGAUGACCUUGACAUUUCAAAUGUGACCUUGACGACAGACAUGCCACAGUACAAAUCUUGUACUGCAUUCAAUAGUACAUCUAAAUGUUCGAAAUUUGUUUUUGACAAGUCAAUGGAAACUGUUGCUACACAGUGGGAUCUUAUAUGUGACAAAGAGUGGGUUACAACGACUAUUACAUCGAUUCAAAUGGCAGGAACCUUUAUUGGUAACUUGGCUUGUGGUCAGAUUGCUGACUUAAUUGGCCGGAAAGCACCUUUAUUCUCGUCUGUUUUUGUUCUUGUUAUCUUGAACGUAGCUACGGCGUUCUCGACAUCUUGGCAAAUGUUCGCCGUUUUUCGAUUUUUUAUUGGACUUGCUAUCGGAUUUGAACUAACAGUUCAGUACAACAUAAUGGCAGAGUUUACAACGGCUAGAUGGAGGACCUGGGUUGUAGCAGUUCCAUCUUGGGCUAUAGAAACAAUUAUAUUUUCGUUUGCUGCUUGGUUGUUAAAAGACUGGAGAUACAUUCAUUUCACCGGGGCCGCUACCGGCCUACCUCUUCUUGCUACAUACUGGUUUGUACCCGAAAGCUUCAGGUUUUAUGUCGGACAUGACCGUUUUGGAGAUGCUGAGAAUAUUAUCAAAACAAUAGCAAGGUUUAAUAAGAGACCGGUACCGGACAUGUCUGGGCUGCAUGCACUGAAAACAUCAAAAGAGGAACAAAAACUUCUAGACAAGAAAUAUUCCUUUAUUGAUAUCAUAAGAAACAAAGAGCUUUUAAAGUGUACCUUACUUUUAGCAGUAGUAUGGAUCACGAUUGGAUUCAACACAUACGGUAUACAGUUUGGCGUACCAAAGCUCUCCGGAAACCUUUUCGUUAACCUCUUUAUACCAAGUUUGAUUGGAAGCCCAAUUCAGUUUAUUAUCAUAUACUUAGAAAACAGAUUUGGCCGAAAAUCAACAAGCAUCUUAAUGUACUUAAUAUGUGCUGUUUCAGCGCUCAUGGUUGCUAUUGCAAACCGUUUCGAAGAAACAUCCAGUAGGAACACAUUAAUUAACGUCACUGCACUUCUUGCGCUGACUGCAAUAAACUGCUCGUGGUCUCCUGUUCAAACACUUACCAUUGAAAAUUAUCCUACUGUAGUAAGAAAUCUUGGAUUUGGUUUGCAUAACACAAUAUCAAGGAUAGGCGCUAUCAUUGGGCCGCAACUUGUGUUUCUGGAUACAAAGGUGUCAGGGAUAAUGUAUUGGAUUUGUAGCGCGGCUGCCUUGAUCUCCAUCGUAUGUAUUCUUCCAAUGCGAGAAACUAAUGGUAUUGAUCUCGAGGACAAAAUACAUGAACGGAGUAACGGUGUCGACUCUAAUGAGGAAUCGGUGAAGAAGAUCUUUGAAGAAGAGGAAGAAAUGCUGAAUGCAAUGUAGGAUAGCGAUACAAGUGUUCGGAAAAAAAUCUGCUGCAAAGAAGUGUAUGGUUAUCUAUGACUACAAAAUUUUAAUGUUUCUUGUGAAUCAUUUUCUGUGUAUGGAUUAUAACUGUUUUGAUGUUGACAGAAGGCUGAUAAAUAUGUGAAUAGAAAUCAGAAUAGACUAACCCCAGAAUUGAGAAUAUUCGGGGUUUUCAUAGCUAAACCGUAGGUACAAACAUAUUUUUACGGUUACCCCUUCGAAAACAGGUUGACUAAUCUAUUGUGACGGGAAGUGCAUUGUCUGUACAUUAUCUGGGGAAAAAACACUCCUACAGCCGUGAAAUAAUUGGAAACGAUCGAAUGAAAUGCAUUGAAUAUAUUCAGUCUGUGCUGUUAUAUAAUGGUAUUAAUGGGCAGAUAUGACAGAACAGUUUAAACAGUUGUUUUAUUGUUUGUUUAAUUGCGGUUUUACGUC